AUGAUGAAUUACUUUCUCAAAACACCCUCCAACGAGUGGGAUGCAAUAAAGGCAUUUAGUGAUUACUUACAGUUUUACGAUGGCGAUGAAAUACUGGACAAAAUGAAACAAGACCUCAUCCAGCUGAAGAAUUCUCAGAAUGUAGGCAUCAACAUCAAACGCAAGGCAGAGAAUUUUAUUCUUACGUUGGAUAAAAAGAAAGCGCAAUUGCGUGCGGGUGAAAGCAGCAGUUCUGGAACACACAACAUCUUCAACCAACAGAACAGCAGUGGCGUCAUAAACAACCAUAUGGGAACUGUCAACAUCAACAACAAGCGUGAAUCAGUUACGCCCACCUCAUCCAGCAACACUAAGAAGAAGCAGAAGAGUACUUGCACAUUGGAUGUUCCUACUGGCACCCACGAAACUGAAAUUGAGGAUUUAUUUAACCCAAGAGAUGCCUCUGCCUCGGCCUCUGCUUCUGAUCUCACCCUUUCGCACCUGCCAACUCGAAUUGAGGACUUGGACCCUUCAGAUUUCCUAGAAAAUGUGACGAAUCCCUACAUGGUAAAUGGCAAGAACAUCAGCAGCUACUUUUGCCAAUAUCAACGAGCAGUCGUCUUAAAAAACAACAAAGAGGGGCUUCUUGUCGAGUGCAACACCUAUGAACUACUAGCGCUAAACAACAUUCUGCUUAUAAAAAAUGGUCAAUGCAGCAAUUUGAUGAAAAAGUACUUUUCCAAAGACAUUAUAUCUGAAAUCAAAAAGGACCUGAAGAGAAAAUUCAAAAUCAACAAUCAAGGCAUUGACGCUACUAUCAAAACCGGUGUUGACACUGUAUUGAAGGAGUACAAAGAUGGAGACAUCUCUUUCCGAACUGCAGCCAGUCGUGUGGGCAAAUACAGAUCUGAUAGCACUCAAUUUCACCCUCUUGACUCUAUUCUUUUCGGCAUCGAAAGUCUAAUUCAAAAGAUUCCCAAGCAGAAAUUCAAUGGACUGAUCCGUGAAAAUACCAUCUCAUGUUCCUAUGUCGAGCCAGUGCUUGCUCCCAUGUUUACGGACCCGGAUACCAACAAACACUUGCAAUGGCUUAACACAAAGGUACUGAGUGAUAGUAGCAAGCAAUUUGAUUUCGCUGUUCGAGAGCUUGCAGGCUCUAACUGGAUUGGUCCCAUCUUGGUUGGGGAGGUGAAGGGUGAAGAUCAGCGAGAUGACAAGUACAUUUGCUUAUUAGAUCUCAUCCGCAUCGGCUCGACUUCUGUAGACAGCAUCAACUUUAAUCUAUAUGAAGCAGUUCUGGGUGUGCAUAUCGUUGGUCUCCAAAUGACGUUUUAUAUCACUACCUUGCAAGCAAGCGGAUUGUACAUCAUGCUGGAGAUUUGCACAUUUACUUUUCCAAGAGACGCAACUGAACUCAGAUCUUAUCUGGCUAAUGCAGACGAGUUGCUUACUGUUGCGCAAUAUGCCAACCAUUGCAAAGUAUCUGACGAUAAGGAAAGGCUGCAAUCCAUGUCUGCUACUACUAUUAGCACCCCCGAGUUUGAGAGAUUUAUCGCCUCGUCUCGCGAUCGACAACGAGAGUGCCCUAUAGUCUAUCAUCAUUGA